AUGUUUAUUGGUGGACCUUGUUAUAAACCUGAUAAUCAAAUUGUAUGUCGGUUCAACAAGACUAUUGAGGCUGCCGCUGUGUAUAUCAGUCCAGAACAAGCAUAUUGUAUCACUCCUCCAUUAUAUGUUGUUGGUCGCAUCCCAGUUGAGUUGUCAUUGGACGGUGGUGCAACAUUUAACUAUUCUGGCACCUUUCGAUCAAGUGAGUUACAUUUUUUAUUCGAUUUAAUUUGCAUACAAUAUGAGGAAAUUUUUUAGUACAAAAUCUGAUAGUGAUCGAGGACUAGAUCAACAAAUUACAUACAAUGAAUGGGAAGUCAUUUUAAUUGCGGAUCUUCUUGGCCUCGUAAUAUUAAUAUUUUAAAAUGUCGAACAGGGAUGCAUGCUGCAUGUAUGCUGUCCAUAAUUUGAUAAGUUACUUUGACCCAUUCCAUUUUACCAUUUUGUUAUAUACGGUAUAAUGCAUGUCCUAAGGAUUUGUAAGGCUUUGCCCACAAAAGUCAUAUGUAUUUCUGGCGACGACAGGUAUUUAAUAAAAAGAAUACAAUUAUGCAUGAUUUUUGUUUUAGUUCCUUUAGGUAGAAACCCUCCAGAUGUAGAUGGGUUAGAAGUGGAACAUUGGGCAAACUCGACCACAACGGUGUUAACCUGGAAUCAAAAUGCGCUCAACGAGUCACACGUAGACAUUGAAAUAUCUCUGUUUGAUACCUUUGAGUUCCGUAUUCAUCAAGCUAAUUUAGCUAGCUUUAGAGAUGUCCCUAACUCUGGGAGCUACCAUCUUGAUUUCAGCAUGGAAAAUAUUAUUUCGUUGUAA